GUCAGGGGAAGACAGUAAGAUUAAAGUGUGUGUCGGGCCCCUGUGAAGUUCUUUUGCGGAGGGGGCUGGCACGGCCUAGAUACACCCCUGUGUGUGCCCCUGUAUGUGUAGUACAUAAGUUGGCAUCUGAUACUCUGGAAAAUUUAUAGUAGUAUGUCUACAGAACCUUGGCAACGCCGUUGCUGUGAAGCACUAGGCACAAUGGAGAAGCUUUGUCUUGUUGCCAUGCAGUGAAAAUCAACAGACAGACAGCUCAAGUCCAGUAAGUGAAAGUGAAACUGGAACUUUCCAUAGACAUUAAUCAGCAGUUCUAUUCCCACUCCCAGGGGAAGGGAGAUAUUAUGGGAAAUGCCUGAAUGGAUAUACUGUGUGUGUGGUGUGACGGGGGCUUGAAAACCAGGGAGGAAACCGCUCUCUCUGCUUCGAAAGCUUCAUAGAAAGGUGAAGCAGAAAAAGCUGAACAAUGGCACCACCCCGCCAGUUCACCGUAGGGAUAUUUUCGAGGGAUGGAGAAGACAGUUAUAAGUGGCUGAUUAAUAUGCUCAAGGACACAGAUUUCAGGGAUGUUGUGAAGGACGUUCUACCCAUUUACAUAAGCAAUAAUUUCCCAGAAUUCCUAGCCAGUGUGUCCCAGUGCCAGUUUGCCAUCCUGUAUCACAGCAAGAACAGAGGGAGGCUGAAUGUUACAGAUGUGACUGACUCUCUGUAUGAUGAAGAGCUGAAAUAUUUAUCUGCUGAGCUGGGCAAGGAACAUACCAUUGUGGUGAUAGAUGACUUGGAGGACAGCAGUGAUGAGAUUAAAGAGAGCUUAUUGGCUGACCAGCCGUGUAUCAAACAAAACGCGCAAGAGAUUUUACUCAUCAGUCAACAGGAGAAAAAGUCACCAAAUGAGGAAAUGAUGAAAAAGAAGCAUCAGAUGAUGGACAUCAUGGCCCCAAAGAAGAAAGGAAAAAAGAAGACUAGUGGCAAAAAAAGUGGGUCAGGACAAGAAGGCAGUGAUGGACAGGGCAAGAACCCAAGAGAUGAAGAGGAGGAAAAAGACACAAAGGAAUCAGGAGUAUUGAUGCCAAACCAAACUCUGCAAGGGCAACAUGGGGUGAGGAACCAGACAGGUCCCCGGAAAAGUCAAGGCUUAAAAUGCUGCUGUAUUAUCUAGCAAAAAACCUAAGAUGACCCUGUCAAGAACUGAAUGAAGAGCUCUCUUAUGCUGACAUUACAGAUAUGUGUCGGUACAGGUAUGAGAAAUGACACUGACCCAAAAACGAGUUCCCUACUGAUGUUAUAAAAUGUUUGUUCUCAAGCUUUAAAACUGAACAGUGACAUUUCCCUUUUUUGCUAUAACCACAAUGCAGUUCUUAGUAUAAGCCGUAGUCAUCCCAGAGUUAGUUAAAGGGGAAGUUCACAUUCAAAAAUCCUAUUGUUUAGUACUCCACAAAAAUAAAUCAUCUUUUCAGUUACUUUCUGCAUUUCAUGUUUAUCCAUUUUUUCUACAAUAUGUAUUUUAAAAAUAUAUUAAUUUCACCUCUGA